CACACAGCGUCAUUCGUUUUAUAAACAUAACAUUAACUGCACAUGUUGUAAAACUACACGUUCAAGUGCGAUAAUUAUAUUGACUGUAGACUGCUCUUUGCCCUCUUCUCAAACAGAUCACAUCAGAAUUCAAAUUAAACCAUGUCAAUCCCGAUGUAUUCACACUGAAACUGUACUAACUCAUCCUCGUUCGCGUCUACAUGUAACCAUGGUUGGGUCCAUGGUGUAACCAUAGAACACUCCACCUAUACCUAUAAUAAGGGAUAAAACAGAAUCAUGGCACCAAAGGAAAAAAUACUCAUCUGGGGAAUUUUCAUCGCAGGGCUUGUAUUGAAUGGAAAUGGCGAAUCACCAGAUAUUCACGAUGGUACAGUUCACACAGAACGAGAGAAAACCCUUAUCCGUGGUAGUUUAGGAAUCUUGACAUGUCGUUUCUCCGGUUCUCCUUAUGCUGUCUUCUGGAAGAAAGGACAUGAUAUUUGGACCUCACCAACCCUCAUCCAAUGGACACCUGAAGACAAAAUAACUGGUCCUAGAUAUGACGACGGUAGCUGUGACAUGGAUGAAAACUACUCCCUGAUCAUCAAAUCUGUAAAUCAUACAGAUAGAGGGCGCUUUAUUUGUUUGGUUUCUAACGAGGAUGGAAUUCUUGUCGACGACUACACAGACGUCACAGUAUCCGACGAUGCCCUUGAGAUGGAAUCUUCUGUAACUCUUCCUUUGAAGCAAACUGGGCGUGUGCCUUGUCAAGUUAAUAUCAGACCACGAAAAGUUUCCUGGUUCGGAAGCAGAAACGAAAUGCUGGUCUUCAUUGACCUUUCUAAAGACUCCAUUGUAAUAGGAGGGACAGGAUACAAAGAUGGAUUAUUCCACAUUACCGGCGAAUACUCUCUUGUCAUUUACAACGUCAAGAUCCAACAGGAAGGUCUCUAUUUCUGCGUGGUUACUGAUUAUGACACAGGUGUCACUUAUCAAGAUGAUUCACUGCUCACUGUAAUAGGUACAUUUUUAUCUAGAUCAUUUGCAUUUCCAUAUGCGACAAAAGUGCUUUAAAGUCCGCUUAAAUGUUCGGAAGCUUGCCAUUUUUUCUUUUUUCUUAGGGGUCAUGUGGAGUCACUCUCUGUUCGGAACUAUUUUUUCAGUGAAAGUACUCGUGAACAAAAAAGGGCUCCAAGCGCCCCAAGUUCCCGGAAAGCGCAAGUUUCGGACUCUUUUGUCGCAUAAAAUGCGAUUGUUGGACUUUCCAAUUGUAAGGGAGUUUUCGCAAAUAAUAAGCAGACACUUUCUUGAAUAUUGAAAAUCUAUUGUUCAAAGCCCUUCAUGACAAAGCAGCCCUUGUCGAAAAUCGGUGAAUCAAAACAGCAGUCUCGAACAGGGCUCUGUAGAAACGACAUAUUUGAAUUUUCAAUUCAAUUCUGAAUCUGGGGACGAACUACAGUAGUUAUGGGCAUGGGCGGAAAUCCCAGGGGGGACGCGUCCCCCCUACCAUUUUGGAAAGGGGGGACAUAAUAUCAAAUGCCCCCCUACUAUUUGUGGUCUUUUAUUAUGGAAAAAAUACAUAUAGUCCAGUCAAUAUAGGGUUUGACCCACCACUAAUUGCAACACGAGAUAUUCCACUGCAAUGCUUUCAAGGAAGGUCACCUAAACAACAUACUAAAAGUCCCAAGAAAUCCAAGCAGUGGAAAUUUAUGAAAUUUGCAUAUUAUGCAAAUUAGCCAUAAAAAGUAAGAAAAAUAAGGAAAAUAGCCCAAAUAUUACAAAUUGAGUGUCCAAAACAAUUCAAUUUGAGCGAAAAUUUAUGAUAGAUAACUGUAUUCAAUGUUUUUUGUCAAAAGUGCAAAAAAUCUACCUCAUUCGUAAAAUAUGCAAAUAAGCAUCCUUAUAUGGAAAAAUGUGUAGGUAUUGUGAUUUUUCUCUCAUUAUCUGCUUGAAAAUUUAAUUAAUGUUGGAAUUUACAUGCUGCUAUCACUAAGGACGUUGAAUACAUUUGUAUUCAGCUUAGUGUCUGUAGUGUAAUUUGCAUAUUAUGCAAAUAAAAGUAUCUAACAUGUUAUAAAUAUUCAAGAAAACACACUGGUGAUACAUCCCUCAAAAAUUGCAAGUAGAUUAUCUAUUGAAAUUGGAAUAUGGCAAUACCUUACAGGAAGGUUUCCUAAACACCAUAUUAAAAGUCCUUAAAUAUACAAGCAUAUGGGAAAAUCACAAAUAAGGAAAAUAAUCCAAAUAUUGGAAAUCAAGUGCAAUCAAUACGAAUUGAACUGAAGCCCAUGACAAGUUUUACAAAUUUAUUUAUGUUUUAAAUAAAAAAUCGUAAAUAAAUCUACGUCAUUUGCAUAUAUAUGAGCAUCUUUAUAUGGAAAAAAUCCAGAAAUUUUGAUUUUUCUCACAAAAACAGUUAUGAAAACAUUUCAGUCUAGAUCAAUAUGAUUUGAUCACUAAGAAUGGCAAAUACAUUAAUAAUCAGCUUAAUAUCUGAAGUGUAAUUUACAUAUUGUGCAAAUAAGCAUCCGACAUGUUAUAAAUAUUCAAGGAAACACAUAAGUGAUACUUUCCUCUAAAAUUCCAUGUAAAUUAUGUCUAUUAUUCAUGAUGACCUUCCCUACACUUCUUGCUUGGUUGAUAUUGAGUUUUGCCACGAGCAGUUACCCCACUCAUAUUGUACAAUGAUGAGUCAAUUCUACAUGGAUCCCACUGCUUGAAUGUUUCAUUAUUUCCAUCCAAGUCUUGCUCUCUUCUUGACUUUGUAUAGAGACUUUGCGUUUCUUGCGAGUAUAGUCCACGCUAGCAACUCUUGGAUUGCCAAGUGAUCAGCACAAGAUGUCACACCCGUACAAAUAAAAUCCCAUUAGCUUC